GGCGGCGAGAUGAGCGCGCCGGGGCGAGCGCGGCGCGAGCGGGGCAGCCUGGCCGAGUACGAGACGCAGGUGAAAGAAAUGCGUUGGCAGAUGGGGGAGCAGGUCCGAGGCCUCGACUCUCAGGCGGAGAGUCGGCAACAGUUGCUUCAGGAUGUGGCGGACUUCCUGCGCCGGAAGGCUGAAGUGGAGCAGGAGUAUUCCCGAGGACUGGAGAAGCUCUCCGAACGCUUCUCAGCUAAGAUUCGUGGCUCCAAGGAGCAUCAGAACUUCAGGAAAGACCAGAACCUUCCAUCCCCCUUGAACUGCUGGUACACAAUCCUCAACCAAACGCGACAGGCAAGCCGGGACCACGGCGCAUUGAGUGAGAUCUACACAGGCCACCUGGCGCUGCGCUUGGUGCACGUCAGUGAGGAUGUGGGGCGCCUGGCCAGGAAGAGCAAAGAGAUGGAGCAGCAGAUGCAGGAUGAGCUGCUGAAGGCAAUUUCAGAAUUGCAGAUGGCAAUGAAGACCUAUCAGACCUACCGUAUAGACUGCCUGAAUGCUGAGUCCAAACUGCGUGAGGUUGAGCGCCAGGAGGAGAAGCGGAGCGGGGGGAAGCACCUUGACCCUGGAGGAUCACCUGGAGGGGCGGGGCUGGACAAGACGCCCCGGCGUUCCUCACUGCGGAAGGUGGAGCGGCUGCUCGAAAAGAGACAGUCCAAGUUCCUGGAAAGCAAGCUGAAGUGUGCCAAGGCCCGAAAUGAUUACCUGCUGAGCUUGCACGCUGCCAAUGCCGCCACCAGCAACUAUUACGUGCGGGAUGUUAGUGACCUGCUAGAUUGCUUCGAUCUCGGCUUCCACCUUUCCCUGGGCAAGGUGCUGAGGACUUACCUGGCAGCCGAGACCCGGGCCCAGGCAUCUUGGCAGCAAGGCCUGUGCACCAUUGAGAGGGCGGUGGAUGCCCUGGACCCUCUUGGGGAUAAAUCCUGGUUGAUGGAGGCCAACCCUGCCGCCUAUUGCCCUCCUCUGUGCUUUGACUACCAGCCUCAUGAAGGUGACGAGGUGUCCACUGUCCGAGCUGAAGGCCCCCUGAGAAAUGAGCUCGUCUCCCGCUUCCAGCAUAUCCAGUCUCGCCUCAACGCCAUCACCCUGGAGACGGAUGAGGUGAACAAAACCCUUAAGGCCACACUGCAAAGCCUGCUAGACCUGUUGGCAGCGGAGGAGCCAGAGGUCCUCGAUGCCUUCCAAGGCUGUCAGUCCACUGAGUCGCUGAAGUCUACUGGCUCCGAUGCCGGCGGGAAGCAAGCACUGGCAAAGCGCCGGGCCAACCAGCAGGAGACGGAGAGCUUCUACAUUAUGAAGUUCAAAGAAUAUCUCUCUAGCCGGAGCAUUCAAGCAAAACUGCAAGCGAAGCAUGACCAGAUGAAGGAGGCCAUAGAAAAAGGUGCUGCAGUGGAUCGAGAGCUGGCCAGGCCCCAGUCCCAGCGCAUCCGGCGUUCCCGCCCUCCCUCGUGUUACCAUCACAAGCUCUUCGAGGGGGACCUGCAGGCCUUUGUGGAGAGCUCGGGCCAAGCGGUCCCUUUGGUGGUGGAGAGUUGUAUUCGCUUCAUCAACCUCCAUGGGCUCCAGCACGAAGGUAUUUUCCGGGUGCCAGGAUCCCAAGCACAGGUGGCCGAGAUCCGGAAUGCCUUUGAGAAAGGCGAGGACCCGCUGGCCGAUGGCUUCAUGCAACAUGACCUGGAUUCUGUCGCUGGAGUGUUGAAACUGUAUUUCCGGGGCCUAGAGAAACCUCUGUUUCCCAGUGAGAUUGUCCCUGAGCUGCUGGCCACAGCCCAAUUGGAGUCCCCAGCCGAGCGAAUCUCCCACCUCCGAGCUCUCGUUUCCCAGCUCCCGGCUGCAGUGCUGGUGGUUUUGCGUUACCUCUUUGCUUUCCUGAACCACUUAUCUCAGUACAGUGACGAGAACAUGAUGGAUCCGCACAACCUAGCUGUGUGCUUUGGCCCCACCCUGGUGACAGUCCCCACCGGCCAGGACGCCGUGUCGGUGCAGCCUCACAUCAACGAGGUGGUGAAGUGCCUGAUUGUACACCAUGAGGCUGUCUUCCCUGGAACCAGCCAGUUAUCUGGGCCCCAGUAUGAGAAAGUCAUGGCCUUGGCAGAGGAGGAGUACUGUGACGUGUUGCCACUGGAAGCCACAGCAGAGGAAGCUGAGACGGAGGGGACCCCUGAAACGCCAGCUAGUGAAGACGAGUGUGACUCCCAGUCGGACACUGUGCCCCGCUCUGGUUCCAUAGCUCAACAUGAAGAGCGGUUUGUGCCACAGAGAGUGGUACCAGGUGGCUGGCGACGAGGUGAGCGUGGGGGCAACCGGGGGCUAGUGCCGCCCAUUACCUUGCCCAACAGUGAGAAGCAGUCUAGUCCCCGGAGCUCCAGACUGGAGAUUGACACCGGAUCCUCUUUCGAUGAGCCUCUUUCUGAACCUGCCAGCAGGCUGCGGGUGAAUUCAGAUGCAACUACUGGAGGUCGUCAGCGUGGGGGGAGCAGCCCCAUCCGCAAACUGGCGUCACCGUUCAUGGACGGGGGCCGUCUGCCCUUUCCUCUCCUGCAGCCUGUUCACCCCAGGUCCUUUCACCCCACAGAAAGGCCAGAAAUUUCCCCACGGCCCUGGUGUGGUAACAGCUCUGAGAAGCAAGGACCGAUGGAGAAGCGGGUGGAAGUAGACAAGGAAGUUGCCAGGAAUAUGGAUUCUGUAUUCAAGGAACUUCUCGGGAAAACAACUGUGAAGCACAUGGGCAUUGAAGACCCCUUAACUCCCCCUGAGCCUCCAGACCCUCCAAAGAGCAUCUUUGUUGGCAAGAAGGGCACCCCUGGCAAGCAAGUCCCUCCCAACCGGGCACUCCUGCGGGGCAGAGGAGUCUUCAAAUCCAUGGGGAAUGGAGAGUGAGUCAGACUUGGGGGGGGUACCCCAACAUGACCUGCCCAAUACUGUGAUUUAUCUUUUCUCUCCCUUUCAAAUUCCUAAUACCAACUCAGGGCAGAUGUCUUUCUCUCUCCUGGGCCAGCUGCAAAAAAGAUUUGGGUGCUGGGGAAGCGGAUGAUUUUAGGGGGGGUUUAAUUUCUAAGCCAAAUGUUGAAUGGGGUAUUUGCUAUCCAAGUGUGUCCUCGUUCCCUGGAGCUGAAUCUGAAAGCAUUGGUUUUUAUAUGGGUGGGGGCUCCUGUAAGGUUCUUUCAGACCCAGUAGCCACCUGUUGUGUCUCUUCUCUGCUGUUGGUGGUUUGCAUGUGAAUGCAUUGAGAUAGGGGCGGGGUGGGGGGGGUACCAGGAUCCUCUGGUUCUGUUCUUGGCUGUGGGAGUGGAAUAG